AUGGGUCACUCCCAGUCUAAGCUUCUUGGUUCGGCCGACGAAAGGGACCCUUUUUUUUCGUCGUAUGCCAGGUCUGUCCGCAGAAUACUUCGAGACUCAACUCAUGCCAGGGGCGAGAUGUCCAUCAGCGCAUAUCUGUUGCACUCUGACCCUUUUAGGUCGUCCACUGUUGAAGAAGCAGUGCCGUACCCAACAAAGUACGAACUCUCAGACUCUACGCUUCAAGCCAAGGUUCAACCAGUCAUCUCGAUGAUUCGGGAGCUUGUUUCUACUUGCUUCCGUUCCUGCCAUAUUGAGCUACACAAUGUUUCUAGACCAAGUGCUGGAGAUAAAAAGCGGAGCAUCGACAUUCUAUAUCUAUUUGUCGAUGAUGAUAGCUGCCAGGGCGAGUUCGCGUCGGUGAGAGACGAAGUCAAAUUUCUACUAGAAUCAGAAGGUUUGAAGAAUAUAAAUGUUGAAAUCGUGGACGAGGCUAGAUGCUUUUGCUCAUCGGCGUUCCCCAUAAUGACAAAUCCUCUGGCUCAAGAGCAGUUUAAAAAGGCGGUAUACGACAUUGUUCCGGUACUAAAUAAGCGACUUUUCAACGCUUGGUGCUAUCUAAAUCUUCACCAAUAUGGCACAAAAGAGCGUAAAGCGGUACCUGUUAUUAUCAUAGGCGUACCGCCAGCUGCAGUGUGUGACUGGUCGGAGUUGGAGGCUGAUCUCCUCGACAGCUUGAGUAAAGUAUAUCCUUGGACCCUGCCUGAUAUUGAGUUUUUCCCUGCCGAUCCAAGGGUUGGCCUGCUCUAA